AUGAAUGAAUAUUUAAAGAAAUAUUUAACACCAAACGAACAAUCAAAUGAUGAAUCAAAUAGAAGCGGCGGUAAUAAAGAAAAAAAAAAAAAGAAAAAGAAAGUAUUGGUAUCUACAGGUAAUAAAAUUGUAGACAUAGAUGAACAACAAGAAAUAAUAUCAAAAGAUGCAAAUGAAAAUAAAAGAAAGAAUUUAAUAAAUAAAUUUAAUAAUAAUAAUAAUAAUAAUAAUAGUAAUAACAAUAACUAUGAUGAUGACAAUGAUAAUGAAGAAGAUGAAGAUGAUAAACCUUUAAUUGUAAAUAGUGAUCAAUUCAAUUUUAAACCUCCUCCUUCUUCAUCGUCAUCAACAUCAUCAACAUCACAAUGGAUAACGAUUGAACCUCCCACUACCAAAAAGAAUAUUGGUGGUAGUAGUAAUAUUUCAUUUGGUAUAAAUAAAAGUUCAAGUGAUAGUGGAAAUAGAAACAACAACAAUAAUAAUAAUAAUAAUAAUAAUAAUGAAGAUUUAUCACCACCAAGAAAUAGGAAUAGUAGUAGCAAUAAUGAAGAUUUAUCACCACCAAGAAAUAGAAAUAACAAUGAGGAUCUAUCUCCACUAAGAAAUAGAAAUAGAAAUAAUAACAAUAAUUAUGAUGAUUUAUCACCACCAAGAAAUAGAAAUAAUAAUAAUAAUAAUAAUAAUAAAGAUUUAUCACCACCUAGAAAUAGAAAUAAUAAUAAUAAUAAUGAUUUAUCACCACCAAGAAAUAGAAAUAGAAAUAGUAAUGAAGAUUUAUCACCACCAAGAAAGAGAACAUUUGAUGAAAUUAAAAGUAAAAAAGAACAAGAAGAAGAAGAGGAAGAAGAGAAUAAAAAACAUAAAGAACAAAAGGAAACAUUUUUAAGAGAACAACAAAGAAUGAUGGGUAGAAAUGCAGAAACAGUAUAUCGUGAUAAAAUUACAGGUAAAAAGGUUGAUCCAAAGAAACAAAAAGAGAUGGAUCUCGAGAAAAAGAGAUUAGAGGAACAAAUUGAAUUAGAGAAAGAUAUGGAAUGGGGUAUUGGUAAAGUUAAAAAGAAAAAAGAGGAAGAGGAAAGAGAACGUAUUCAACGUGAUAUCAAUAAACCAUUAUCAAGAUACAUCGAUGAUGAAGAUUUAAAUAGUGAACAAAUCGAUAAAGAUAGAUGGGGUGAUCCAAUGGCAUUACUAGGAGGAGGUGGUGGUAGUGGUAGAAAAAAGAAAUCAAAAAAAUCAAAUAAAAAUGAUAUAGACAAAAAACCAGAAUACAAAGGUCCUUAUCCUUCAAAUCGUUUCAAUAUUAAACCCGGUUAUAGAUGGGAUGGUAUUGAUCGUAGUAAUGGUUUCGAAAAAGAAUUCAUCUCAAAACAAUCAAGAAAUCAAAAUUUAGCUGAAGAAUCUUAUUAUUGGAGUGUUGAAGAUAUGUAG